AGGAUCAAAAAACAAGGAAGGAAAAUGAUGCUCAGCACAAUCUUACCAUUGACGCUUCUAUCCCUGGUGGCUUCCACGUCAACUACCGCAGACAGGACAGAUCCCGUAAUAGGAAUAGAUUUAGGAACCACUUACUCAUGUGUUGGAAUUUUCAAAGAUGGACAUGUUGAAAUUCUUCCGAACGAGCAAGGCAAUCGAAUCACUCCAUCUUACGUUGCUUUCAAUGCUGACGGCGAAAGGCUGAUAGGCGACGCUGCCAAAAACCAACUGACGUCAAACCCUAAAAAUACAAUAUUUGACGUCAAAAGAUUGAUAGGACGGGAAUGGGACGACCCCACUGUACAGAAGGAUGUGCAAUAUUAUCCCUUUAGCAUCAUUAACAAACACAACAAACCACACAUCAAAGUACUUGUUGGCGAGCAAGAGAGGGUGUUUGCUCCAGAGGAAAUUUCCGCCAUGGUGUUGAGCAAAAUGAAGGAAAUAGCCGAAGGAUACCUCAAACAAAACGUCACCCGGGCUGUUAUUACAGUUCCAGCUUAUUUCAACGACGCCCAACGUCAGGCAACAAAGGAUGCCGGGACGAUUGCAGGCCUAGAGGUGCUCCGAAUUAUCAAUGAACCAACCGCAGCUGCCAUUGCCUAUGGACUCAAUAAAAAGGGUGGGGAAAAGUCUGUCUUGGUGUUUGAUUUGGGAGGAGGAACAUUCGAUGUAUCGCUCUUGACAAUUGACCAGGGAGUGUUCGAAGUCGUUGCUACUAGUGGAGACAACCAUUUGGGAGGAGAAGACUUCGACCAACGUGUUAUGGAAUUCCUGAUAAAGAAACACAAGAAAAACACUGGCGUGGAUCUAAGGAAAGAUAAUCGUGCUCUACAGAAGCUACGCCGAGAAGUGGAGAAAGCCAAGCGAACACUCUCCUACCGCCACGAAACACGUAUAGAAAUCGAGGCUCUCUCUAAUGGCGAAGACUUCUCCCACACUCUUACAAGAGCUAAAUUUGAGGAGCUCAAUAUGGACUUGUUCCGGUCAACAUUGAAUCCUGUGAAACAAGUACUCAAGGACGGAGACAUGAAAAGAUCCGACAUUGAUGAAAUCAUUCUAGUGGGAGGUUCCACACGUAUUCCCAAAAUACAGCACCUUGUGAAGGAAUUCUUCAACGGAAAGGAGCCUAGUCGAGGUGUGAACCCAGACGAAUCGGUGGCUUAUGGUGCGGCGGUUCAGGGGGCUGUGCUCAGUGGUGCUGACGAAAUAAGUGACGUUCUUGUUGUUGACGUCAAUCCACUUACUUUGGGUAUAGAGACAGUAGGCGGAGUUAUGACAAAACUCAUUCCACGCAACUCCCCCAUUCCCAACAAAAAGUCACAAAUAUUUUCAACAGCAGCCGACAACCAGCCAUCCGUGACUAUUCAAGUAUUCGAAGGUGAACGACCCAUGACUAAACACAACCAUCUGUUGGGAACAUUUGAAUUGACUGGGAUACCCCCGGCUCCAAGAGGAGUUCCUCAAAUUGAGGUCACAUUUGAAAUCGAUGCAAACAGUAUUCUGACAGUAUCGGCGGAAGACAAAGGAACCGGAAGUAAGAAUAAAAUUACCAUUCAAAAUGACAAUAACCGGAUAUCCCCGGAGGAGAUAGAAAAAAUGGUGAAAGACGCUGAAAUGUUUGCCGAAGAAGACAAAAAAGUAAAAGAAACUAUUGAUGCAAAAAAUGAUCUGGAACAUUUUGCAUAUUCAAUUAAAAAUCAGAAUAGUGAAAAAGGACAACUUAGUGAAAAACUUAGCGAGGAAGAUAAAUCAACGAUUAAGGAAGCAGUGGAAUCUACCAUAAGCUGGGUGGAGUCAAACCCCAACGCUGAACUAAAUGAUCUCAAAGAAAAAAAAAUAGAGUUAGAGAACAUAGUGCAACCAAUCACAAGCAAGCUUUAUAAAGAAAGCCAGAGUUCAAAGGCCAAGGAACGAGAGGACCUUUAAUGGACAUGUGUUCUAUGAGCAUUUGAUCUGUGAUAUUAUCAUAAAUGAAAUGUCCCUUCACUAUUUAUUUCCAUAAAUAUUUAUGUAUAGU